AUGGCAGUCUCCACAGGAGUUAAAGUUCCUCGGAAUUUUUGCUUGUUGGAAGAACUUGAAGAAGAACAGAAAGGAGUAGGUGAUGGUACGGUUAGCUGGGGCCUUGAAGAUGAUGAAGACAUGACACUUACAAGGUGGACAGACACGAUUAUUGGGCCACCAAGGGUGGAUGCACAAAGCAUGCCAGUAUUAGCAAAAUGGCAAAAUUCCUAUAGUAUUAAAGUUGUCCUCCAAGAGCUAAGACGUCUAAUGAUGUCCAAAGAAAAUAUGAAGCUUCCACAACCACCAGAAGGACAAACGUACAACAGCUGA